UAUCGUUUUGUUGAUGUGUUAGCGAGCUGUUAGCUAAGAAGCUAACGAAAACGCAGGACUGUCAGCUUGACUUGAGUUGAAAUAACUUAGUUUUUUUAAAUGUAGUGCCAUUCUGUACUGAUUAAACAGACACGUGGCAUGAACUCAAUAAUGCUUGUUUAAUAACGCAGACUUUAAAGUGACAUGCGUAACGAUACACGAGCAGCAGGAACUGUUUGGAAAGUUGAUAACAUCCAUUUAGGUUAACGGGAUGGGUGAUAGAUGUGCAAGCUUUGAUUUGUAGUCUGGUGGAGCUGCACUAUGAAUAGCACGUUUUUAGGUAACGUUAGCUAUAAGGUAACGUAGAUGUUAGUCACACGAUGUUUGUAAGUUAAGAUUUGAGUCAAUGUUAUUUGCUUUCCAUCGCUUUUAGACCAUUGGAGUUGAUUAGCUCGUGAUUGAUGUAUGUGUGGAAAUAUUAAGAAUGUGCAGAUUCAUUGUCAGUGAAAUCAGCUUAAUUAAACUGAAGUGUUGGUCCAAGUGAAACCCUGUCUAGUGCCCCCAGUGUGCCAGUGGCUCCAUAGUCUCAGUGGUACAUAGCUGAGAACCCCCAUGCUGCUUUACACCAGGCACUUCACAUCUGUAACAACAUCCAAAAACGUAUAAUCACCAUGUCCUGUAUGAUCCCUGAAUGGUAAUGUUUGCGUUUAUUUUCCCUGUCACAGGUGCAUGAGAAAUGAUUUUUCUUACCGCUGUCUGAGAGGCCAUGAUAGGCUUGUCAGGUUAUGCAGGGGUUAUGGAAAGUAUAAUGAAUCCUGAUCCUGCUGAAGAGCAGCAACCCUCCUCUCCCCUGGCCAACUCCUGGUCCUUAAAACAGGAAUCAAGCAAGAAUCCAAAGCCCAAAUGUGUUGGUGGAUUUGUCUUAGUGCAUGCAGGAGCAGGAUACCACUCUGAAUCUAAGGCCAAGGAAUACAAGCAUGUGUGCAAAAGAGCCUGCCAGCGAGCUGUGGACCGACUCAAAGCCGGGGCACUUGCAGUGGAAGCAGUGGCCGCAGCACUGGUUGAACUUGAGGACUCUCCUUUUACAAACGCGGGCAUGGGCUCCAACCUUAAUUUGUCGGGGGAAAUUGAAUGUGAUGCGAGUAUCAUGGAUGGGAAGUCGCUGCAUUAUGGGGCUGUAGGGGCUAUUAGUGGUAUUAAGAACCCAGUCUUGGUUGCAAACCGUCUACUGAUUGAAGCACAGAAAGGGAAACUAUCAGCUGGCAGAAUACCACCCUGCUUUUUAGUCGGGCGAGGAGCACACGAUUGGGCAGUCGGCCAUGGAAUACCACCAUGCCUUUCUCAGAAAAUGGCCACCAAGUUCAGUUUAUCUGCGUACAAGAGGAACAAGCGAAAGAUGGAGCUGGCAGAAACAAUGGACACGGGACAUAAUCCGGCCAAGAAAAGACGACAAUCAAGUGAAAAUGACAAUGGUUCAGGGUGCCUGGACACAGUGGGGGCCAUUGUGGUAGAUCUGGAAGGGAAUGUAGCUGCAGCGGUGUCCAGUGGAGGUCUGGCCAUGAAACAUCCCGGCAGGGUUGGCCAGGCUGCUCAUUAUGGAUGUGGCUGCUGGGCAGAAAACGCUUGUAAUAUGAACCCUUACUCUACGGCAGUGAGUACCUCAGGCUGUGGAGAGCAUCUGAUUCGCACCAUGCUGGCACGGGAAUGCUCUGCUGCCGUGCAGUCUGAGGAUGCCCACCAAGCGCUGCUGGAGGCUAUGCAAAACAAGUUCAUCAGCUCACCCUUUCUGGCCAGCGAGGACCGUGUUUUGGGUGGAGUAAUUGUCUUGCGCUGCUGCAGAUGUGUGGAAGCUCCGCCAUCUCAAAAUAUUCAGGGUAUACUGGUGGAGUUCCUAUGGAGUCACACCACAGAGAGCAUGUGUGUUGGCUACAUGUCAACACAAGAUAGCAAAGCAAAGACACACAUAUCCAGAUUACCACCUGGGACGGUUCCUGGACAGUGCUUGGCCAUCGAAGGAGGUGUGUGUCGACUGACGAGCGUAGUGGAGUGAGCCGCGUCCGCCCUCCUUCUGGGCUUCUUCCGCGAUACUCCCUUUGCAAACCCUUUUCAAAGGGUUUGCAAAGGGAGCACAAACGCACGCCCCCACGUCCCCGACACCUUUGUGAAGCCAGAAGUAAUCAACUUUAGCUGUUUUAGCAGCUGCCCAGGAAGGAGGGAGGCGUGUUAGGCUCUACUUAGUGCACUUACAGGACUUCCCUUUGCCACUGUCUGCCUCCAGCAUGUACUCUAUAUAACCCCCCCCCCCCCAAGCUCUCCAGUGUCACCUGGAUUAGACUUGAUGCACCAGUUUUUCUUUAUUACUCUUUUCCUUUCCCUACUCCUUUUCCUUUUGUAUAUAAGCUAUGAUUUAGGAAAACAGGGUGGCUGUCCAUGUUCUUUUGUAUCGCUGAACAGAUGUGACUAUUUUCAAGCAUUAUUUUGUUCUUAAAGUACUUUUAAAGUUUAAAAAAAGAUGUCCGAUUGCACCUUGUGGAAUGCCUGCUACUCAACAUAAUUGUUAACGAGUGAAGCAUUUAUAGCUGUGAGAGUUGACCAGUCAUGAUAAACAUCAAUUUACAAUGUUCACACGUACAGAUCAACUUCCAUGUGCUCGUACACACGUAUCAUUAUUAAUCCUCCAACAUACUGUAUCAUGUAGCAUAAUGUGCAUCGUACAUCACGAUGCAGUUUAUAACCAUUCAGCCAUAGAAUGCUUUGCUUUGAUUGUUUUAAAAUGUGAAUACCUAGCUAUUGCAUGUGCAAAAUCUACAGUAAGCCACUUUGUGUUCUCUGGACUGGGCGUAGAGUUGAUCAAGAAGCAGGAUAUGCUGACGCAUACGGGCUCAGGUAGCAGCAUUUGACCCCAAUGCCAAACAUGACUGUUAAGUCAUCAUUUCAAAAUCACAAUUUAUAUUUGUAUAGUCACAAUGACAGAGACAUGUAUUUUCUUGCUGAAAAAAAAACAGCCAAUGACUAAGUUAUGUAUCAAGCCAAUGAAUUGGCGCUGUUGAGAAUUUUACUUGAAAGGAGUAAGGGUCUAACUUUCUGUUGGGAUGAUCAGUUCCUCUGGUUUUGCUGUUUCACUCAGUUACUGCUAAGAAUUCCUGUCUCAACAAAAGCUUUUUAUUCUUUACUUGAAAUGCAACUUAUGUUAAAUGGUAUAAGCUAUGGAAAUGAUAUGUGCACAGCUCAAUACAGUGCUCAAAAAGUAAAUAAAAUCUAUGUUGCUACA